ACACAUAUAAACAGCAGAUUAUAACAUGCCAUUUUUGCUAUACGUCUCGUGCAGGAACAACCAUGCAUGCGGAGUUCUAGCACAAAACACAGGGAUAGGAAAAAGUGCACAAUGCAUUGCAUACUACACAAUCGCUCUGUCACCGGUAGAAAUAGGACUUCCAGAAUGCUACAUACACCUAGCAGCCGUUCAUCUAAUGUACGAAAAAGCAUCAGUUGUUACCAUGGGCUACAAGGUUGAUAUCUUAACACACCACAAGGUGGUGAGUUUGCUGGAAAAGAGCAACUUCGUUCUCACAAAUCAGCGCAUUUUGGAGUACUACCGGAUUUUGGAGUACCCCGACGUGUCGAUCAAGACAUGCAGAACCAAAAACCCGGCGGACCUCAUCCCUCUACCAAGUGAGGGAGAGGAACACGAGUGUGAAGAAGUGACUGAAAAACACAUGAAACUGAGAUCAGACUUAGAAGCUAAACCAUUAUGCUGGCCACAUGAAAAAUUUUUCGUGGAUGGCUCAUGCUACAGAACAUUAAAUGGUUUGGCGUCAGGAUAUGCUGUGGUCCGACACGACCCUCAAACAAACAAAUUUGAAGUGCUGGAAGCGCAAAAAGCUCAACAACCGUGUUCCGCGCAAAAAGCCGAACUUAAAGCGUUAAUCCGAGCAUGCGAACUGGCCGAGGGUAAACACGUAACGAUUUACACGGACUCCGCGUAUUGCCACUCCAUUGUACAUUUGUUCGCAGGAAUGUGGAAGAACCGCGGCUUCCAGAGAUCCGACGGAUCACCGGUCCAACACGCCGACGAAAUUAAACAGCUACUGGGGGCACUUAUGAAACCAAAAACUAUUGCAAUAGUUAAAUGCCCAGCUCACGUUAAAAGUGACACAAUCGUCGCAAAAGGAAACGACGAAGCCGAUCGAGCGGCCAAACAAGUAGCUGCAAGCUUGCAAGCUGUAAUUGAAACAGCGACUUUUGACUUGGAAGACAAAAUUACCAUAAAAGACAUUGUACUGAUGCAACAGAACGUACUGGACACACAAAAAGACUGGUGGAGACAGAGGGGAGCACAGAUGGACAAUGAACAGGUAUGGCGGACUCAUGACGGACUCAUUGUGCUCCCAGACGACCUUAUGACUUUGUUGAUAAGGGAAGGCCAUUCAGUGAGUCAUGACUCCAAAUCUCAGGUAAUAGCGAAGAUUCGCAACUGGGGUUUCUGGGGGUACAACCUGCAUGCCCAUGUGGAGAACUACAUCGCACGGUGUGAGGUUUGUAUAAAGAAUAAUGUCCGAAAGUCCCUGAAACCAACCCCAGGAACUUUCCCCUUGAGAGGCCCCUUUUCAGAACUGGUGAUCGAUUUCAUCGACCUGAUACAAAGAGUCCAAGGAAAAAGGUAUGUUUUGGUGGCCGUGUGCAGAUUUACGAAGUGGGUUGAGGCAACUCCGACCCGCCGUAAAUCUGCCGAAGAGGUCGCAAAAUUUCUGAUCAGAGAAGUCAUCCCCCGUUUUGGAAUUCCAGAUCGGAUUUCAUCCGAUAACGGGAAAGAGUUUGUUGAAAAAGUCCUAAGCCUUGUUUUGCAGGGUUUACAGAUUUCACAACGACUGGGCAGCGUCUACCACCCCCAGUCGCAAGGACAGGUCGAAAGGAUCAAUGGAGUCUUGAAAAACAAACUCCGGAAAAUAUGUGAAAGCACGGGGUUGACAUGGCUCGACGCUUUGCCAAUAGCUUUGAUGCAUAUCAGAGGUACGCAUAACCGCGAGCUGAGAUUAACCCCACAUGAGCUACUAACUGGACGAGCGAUGCCAACCCCGCUGUUUCGAACAUAUAAAGGAGCCUCUCUGGACACACUGAACAAUGAACUAAGGGAGUAUGUGAAACAAUUGAUUAAAGUGCAGGAUAGUUUGGUGUCACAUGUUCUCUCUGUACAGGAAAACGAUUCUAGAAGGGAGUUGGAGGAGGAGCCAAAGAUCAAACCAGGAGAUCUCGUGUACGUGAAGGUGUUCCGCAGACAGUGGAACAGCCCGAGGCGAGAGGGGCCGUACGAAGUCACACGAGCCACCAGAACCGCAGUUCAGGUCAAAGGGAAGCCGACCUGGUUUCACCUGUCCCACUGCACGCCAGCAUCCGCGACACGAGCAGAUGAUGACAGCCAAAGGGGCUCUCCCGAGUCUCUGGCUCCUGGUCAUGGGUCUCAUGAUGUAUCAGGGGGGCCGAGCACAGCAGCCAGAGAUGGUCCGGCCUCCCGAACCAGAUCCCGGACGGGACCUGGUCCAACCUAA